ACCUGUCUGGAACCAUGAAGACCAAGAACCGGCCCCCCAGGCGCCGGGUGCCUCCACAAAACACAGAGGUCACCUCAGGGGAUCAGACCCCUGAGAGGCCCCAGCCUGGCUCCGCGGCCCAGCCGGCCAAGGGCCUGCGGAGCAGGACAGCGCGGAUGCAGGGGGUGCGGGCCGAGGGCGGGCGCCGGCGGCAGGGGCCCUCGGGGCCUGCGGCCCGGCGGGAGAGCAGCAUCCAGCGGCGGCUGGAGAGCAACGAGCGGGAGCGGCAGCGCAUGCACACGCUGAACAACGCCUUCCAGGCGCUGCGCGAGGUCAUCCCCCACGUGCGCGCCGACAAGAAGCUCUCCAAGAUCGAGACCCUCACGCUGGCCAAGAACUACAUCAAGUCGCUGACGGCCACCAUCCUGACCAUGUCCAGCGGUCGCCUCCCGGGCCUGGAGGGGCCAGGCCCGAAGCUCUACCAGCACUACCAGCAGCAGCAGGCGGCCGGGGGCACGUUGGGCGCCACCGAGUCCCAGCCCGAGGGCCACCUGCAGAAGUACUCCACCCAGAUCCACAGCUUCCGGGAGGGCUCUUAGCACCUGCCCCGGCCCCACCAAGAGCCCGACUGGUGGUGACACGCCACAUGGACACGGCCCCAGCGGCUUCAUUUUCCCUGAACACUCAGCUGCCUUUCUGGAACACGUCCUGGCUCCCAAGGGACAAGACCUGGCCGAGGCCACGGCCCUGCGUGGCACAAAGCCCAAACCUUCGCGUAGGUCCCGGGACCUGCUUUCUUUCACUUGACUAGGCAAGAGCUGACAGGCCUUUAUAACUAAACUCUCUUCACUCCUGGCUCCCCCUGGAGGCAGGGGACGUUCCAGGAAGAGGUGUCCUCGGUAAGUCUCCCCUGUUACUCCUGAGGCCCAGGCCUGGAAAGGGACCUCCCCGAACCUGCAGCAGAGCCUCCUCCUUCAGGCUACAUGGAGGCACAGAGCAAAGCCCAUGGCCACUCGGGGAGUGGGGCCACGCCGAGACAGCACCUCGCUGUCAGGUGGAACCCUAACCAGAUGACCUCAAGUUGAUCCUGAAGGGGGCUUCAGCGGUCCUGGAGGGGCUGGGGUGUUCUCCUGCCUCCUCCUGUGCAGGGGGCUCCUGACUGCGGAGGGACUGAGCCGGGCCAGGGGGCCUGUGGCCUGGUGCCGAGGGCGCUGGAGGCAGGACGGGGAGCGGGGCUGCUGGGCCCUGGCUCCCCGAGCGGCUGGGCUCGGCUCCGGCCCCGGGGAAGGUCCCUCCCCAGGCCUCCCUUGCGUCCCUCCCAGGUUGGCUGCUCAUUGUCAUCGUUGUCACCGACUGGGCGGUCUGACAGCACUUUAGAGUGUCAUUGGGCCCUGGUUGGGGUUGGGGGCCCCGUGGGGCCCCCUACAGGGAGGAGCCUGGGCGGCAGAGCCCCCUCCCCCCCGCGGUGUGCUCCACCGGGGCUGGACUGGCACGUUGGCAGGUGUCCGCGGGCUUGGACCGGGCUUCCUUCUGUGGUGUUCCUGCCCCAUUGGCGUCGACAGGCUUGGCGACUUUGCUCCCAACUGGCUGGCAUCUCCCCUCCCUUGUCCUUCUGCUUACAGCCCAUGUGGGGAGGGCACAAGGCCCUUGGCAGCCUCAGGCAGGAACCACAGUGACCGGGGCUGUGGCGAGGGCAGGGCCAGCCUGGCACAUGGGGGUGGGGUCCCCUGUGCCCAGAGCUGCCCCGUACGCCCUCCGGGGGCAUUGUGGGUCGGGGGUGGGCUGGUCCAGGAAUGUCACAGCCGAGGGCUUGUCCCUGAUGCGUGGCCUCGCUGUCCCAUCCCUGGUUGACCCGGCGCAGCCAUUUAAUGAGUUUCCGGGCUGUGCGUCAGCCCUGGCAGCUUUAAGGACAGCAGGUGGCACCCUUCGGAACAGCCAUUUGCCACCUCUGUUCUAACUUACCCGGUCAGGUGCUGGCUGGGCCCUCCCCGGCCCCUCUGGAAGGUGGCCCAAGGAGGCCUGUCCUUCAGCGCGGGGCCGGCGGGAGCCCCAGGUGCCCCUGGACUGCCCCGGCGGGCAUGGCUGCUCUGGAAGGGCCCUGCGGUGACGGCCAGGACAGUCCACCGACAGGAGCCAAGGCCAAGGCAACCCUGAGCUCGGGACAGACGGGGUCCGUGCGACCCCCGCUGUGGGGGGGCCUGCUGGCUGGACACAAAAAGGCGAGGCCUGCGGACCCGGCGGCUCUUGUGGUGGCUGGGCCAAGGCCGGAGCGGCGCUCGGCGCGCCCCUGGACUUGCUGAACCGAAAGCACGGGGCGGGCGCAGGCGCCCCGCGGAGGCUCUCUGUCCAGGAGCCGGCGCCCAGUGACGGAGCGGCAGGAGGGCGCGGGGUCGCCCCCUUGCGGGGUGACAGCCCUGGGGGCUCUCUCCCCCUCUGUCCCAGUCUUGUACCUGCGCCUCCUCUGCCCCCUGAGGGUGCCCGGGCCCAGAUGCCCAGUCCUUCUCCGCUGGAGGCUGGAGGCCGUCCGCGUGCCCUGUGCCCGCCUCGCCAAGGAUCCUUAAAGGUCUCAGUCUCACUUUCGGGGGGCUGAAUGUGGGCGGAGUGAGGAGACAGGUCUGGUGACAGGCAGGUAAGGUCUGCCGCUGCUGUCUGCCCCCUCGACCCUCCGCGUCGACCCCACG